CGCAGAGGCGGGCUCGCUGUGUGAGUUUGAAUCGCGGUGAAGAGCCACACGCAUCCAGUGGACCCACAAUGGCUCAAGGUCAUAAAUUUCAGGACUUGGAGGAGACCGGGAAGGUUUUGGUGGAUUUCAUCAACAGCAGCCAACCGAAGAUACUGAGACGAGUGAGAGAUGAACAGCAGGCGCUUUUUGAUCAACAUGUUGAAACAAAAAAAAUCUUGACACAGAUUUUAAAAGAUGUGGCUCAGACUGAGGAGAGUACGGGCCAGAGGCUGCUGGACAUGGAGGAGGAGAAGCAGCAAAGGGAGAGGGAGCUGGAGAGCCUGGAGGAGCAGCUGAGGCAGCACACAGCCAAGGGCCAGAUGACCGACUCAGAGUUACAAUUCCUGCAGAGAGAGUUGGACAGUCUGAGAAACACCGAACACGAGCUGGAGACGCUGCAGAGCGAGGUGGAUGAAGACACGACCGAGGUCAUCCCGUCAGCAGUAUACGUGUCUCAGCUGUACUACCUAAUUUCCAAGAUCAAGUGGGAAUAUGACACCCAGCCCAACAUCUUAAGAGGAGUGCACUACGGCGCAGACCUGGCGACUCCCAUCAACAUCGACACCUCUGCGAGAUCUCGAAAUGACGUAAGCGACCAGCUGUGGGGCUUUGUCAGCACUGAGUGGUAGAUGGAGGAUGGUGGUGGUGUCCGAAAUCUUGUGCACCCUUUUUUUUGUUUGUCUGUAAAUGUUUUUGUCUUCUUCUGUCCUUUACAUUUAUUCUUCUGUUCGACACAACACGGAUACUGUUUAUAAAUUAAAUAUC